AUGCUGACGAGCCAGACCGCCAUCGAGGUCGACUGGAUCCCCGUCUUCCAGUUCCUCAUGUUCAGCAUCAUCAGCACGCCGCCCAAUUUUCUAUGGCAAGACUUUUUGGAAUCCUCCUUCCCGGCACGUCUGCCCCCGGCCGGACAGGGCAAGGCCGCGUCGGCGGCGGACGAGCAGCCGCUUAGCAUCCGCAACACGCUGCUGAAGUUCGGGCUGGACCAGACCGUUGGCGCAACGUUCAAUACGCUGCUGUUUAGCGUCUACAUCCACUCUAUCCACCUGGCUAUGCCUGAUGCGCCGCGCAUUACCAACUUCACCAAGGCGACGAGCUACUGGAUCUCUCCGGGGGUCAUUGACUUUUCGGCCGUUGACAUGGCCGUGGUGUGGCAGGCGGCGCUCGCCGAGUUUUGGACCAUUGUGGUGGCGGGGAUGAAGCUUUGGCCGGCCGUGAGUUUAGUGAAUUUCACCUUGGUUAAGACCGUUGAGGGGAGGAACCUGGUGGGCUGUGUGGCAGGGUUGGGCUGGGGAAUUUAUAUGAGUAUAAUUGCGGCCAAGGAGUAA